UACAAUGUGUGAAAGCUUAGAAAGAAACGAAUUUUCUUGCGAGUCUAGUAGUCAAACAAUAAGUGAAAGUCAGAACGGAUAUGAAUUUCUUGAUGUUGUUAGCAGUUUGGAAUUAGAAGUUAAGACAGAUUCUGAGUCAAUUACUACUUGCGAAUAUGCCAAAGAACAAGGGUUUCGUAUUGUAAAAGACCCGGUUCAACGUAAAGAGAGUAUUAUUUGCCGGCGGACUUUGCUAUGUGAACAUAGUCAUUCAUAUGACUCAACUUCAAAUAAAGAUACUAAUACAAAAAAGACCCAUUGUCCUUUUUUGGUUAAUACUUCCUGUCCAAAAGUUAAUAAUCCUGAAAGUACUAUAGUCGUCAACAAGAUAGUAUAUGAACAUAAUCAUCCAUUAAAUCGCGAGUUAAUUGUGUUUGAAGAUGCCAAGAAAUUUACUAAUUCAAUGCUAGAAGAUGUGAAGUUCAUGACUAUGUACUGUAAAUUCAGAGCAACGGUGCAAAGGAAAUUUCUUGAAAGAAAGUAUCCAACCUAUCCGAUUCACUCGAAAGAUCUAUACCGUAUAAUCCAAAGAUUUCGGCCUACUGCUAAGUCCUUGUCAAAUGACGCUGCACAGAUUUCAAAUUGGUUAGACCAACAAAAGGAAAAGGAUCCACGUUGGGUCAUUGCCCGAGGCUGGGACGAAGAUAAUAUCUUGACACACUUACUUUGGAUGAAACCGGAGCAAGUUGAAAAUUGGAUUCGAUAUUCUGACUGUGUUUUUAAUGAUGUCACACAUAAGACAAACUGCUACGACAUGGCACUAUCAUUAUUUGUCGGAUUUGAUAAUAACCGUCAAAAUAUCUUGUUGGCACAAGCACUUCUGGCUGAUGAAAGUCUUGAAUCUCAUAUUUGGAUGUUCCAGCAAAUAGUUAAGACUACUAAUACUCAAUCUUUAGUUAUACUUACUGACGCUGAUCCUGCCGUUAACACUGCUAUUCAUCAACUUGUUAAUAAUUAUACUAAAGCUCAACAUUAUUUGGAAUUUUUAUAUAAGUCCAAAAACUAUUGGGCAUACUGUUUUACUAAUUUUAAAUUUACGGGCAGUAUGAUCGCUACGUCGUGUGUUGAAUCCAUGAACGCAUGCCUAAAGCAUUUAAUAUAUAAUUCAAACACUUCAUUGUGUGAACUUGCCACUGAAAUUCACAAGUUGCUUGAUAUUCAAGAUAAAGAAAAUGAGUAUAAAUUCUGGAAGUUGGCAAUUCCAAUGAUAAAACAUCAGGAAAAGGUUAAUUUUUUGUUCUCAAAAGUAGAUCAGUUUGCUCGUGAGGAUAUGAAAAGUUUAGAUGAUGAUGAUCUACAAUUUAGUUCUUGGGAAUAUAGUGCUGACGAUUUGCAAGCUAUGCUUAAACAAAUGAUUGAGUUCGUUGGACUAGAUGAUAUUGAAGAGUUAUGA